GGCUGCGCUGUGCUGCACCGUGCAGCUACUCACCUCAGACUGAAUCCCGUCUCCACCUUUCAUCUCCCAACUUGUCCCGUGUGAGGAUGGAUGCAUUUCCUUGCGGUCGACCCCGGUAGAGUGUCAGAAGAAUGCGUUCGGACAGGGGAACCGUCAGUAACUGGAGUAUCUCUGGGCGUCGGUGAUGUUUGCAAUUGGUGACUGCAGAAAUUUCCAACGUGUCGGCAAGUCGACAGACCACUGCUUACUGGUGCGCUAUUGGAGAGGAAGAUCGGACAUGUGAAUUCUUUCUUUUAGCUGCUACAAUCACUGAUUUGGUUCUUUUAGUUCACUAACUUGAAGCAGUACAUUGUCACAAAGUCGCACAAGUGGAAACAGGAUCGAUUGAUUAGUUGAUUCUUUAUUUCGCUUGAGGAGGAUUUCAUGCGCCGAUAGCUGACGGGGCCAAUAUGCCAGAAUGGGUCCUCUACAGUAUUUAUUUCUCUGUGGACUUCUGUACACCCAAAUCGAUGGGUCUCGUCUCCGCCAGGAAGACUUCCCUCCCCGCAUUGUAGAGCACCCCUCUGACCUCAUUGUGUCCAAAGGGGAACCAGCCACUCUCAACUGUAAGGCAGAGGGCCGUCCAACCCCCACGGUGGAAUGGUACAAAGAUGGGGAGCGCGUUGAGACGGACCGCGACAACCCCCGCUCCCACCGCAUGCUGCUGCCCAGCGGGUCCCUCUUCUUCCUACGUAUCAUCCACGGACGACGGAGCAAGCCCGACGAUGGCAGCUACGUGUGUGUGGCCCGAAACUAUCUUGGAGAGGCUGUAAGCCGGAACGCAUCUCUAGAAGUAGCACUGUUACGCGACGACUUCAGGCAGAACCCACAGGAUGUGGUGGUGGCGGUCGGUGAGACUGCCAGUCUCGAGUGUCAGCCUCCACGCGGGCAUCCUGAACCCACCACCUUCUGGAGGAAAGAUAAAGCUCGUCUUGACCUCAAAGAUGACAGGAUCACGGUUCGUGGAGGAAAGCUAACCAUCUCAAACACCAAGAAGAGUGACAUGGGGAUAUACGUGUGUGUGGCGGCCAACAUGGUUGGGGAGAGAGAGAGUGAAAAAGCUCAGUUCUCAGUGUUUGAGAGACCAGUGUUUGUGCAACGGCCUGUGAACCAGGUGGUCUUAGUUGACGAGGCUGUAGAGUUCAGGUGUCAGGUUCAUGGCGACCCACCUCCUACACUGCGCUGGAAAAAGGAGGACGUGGACAUUCCCCGCGGCAGGUAUGACAUAAGAUAUGAAAAAGAGGACUUCCUGCUGAGGAUAAAGAAAGCAUCAGUCAGUGACCAGGGAACCUUCACCUGCCUAGCAGAGAACCGCGUGGGUAAACUGGAGGCCUCUGCCUACCUAACUAUCAGAGAGGCACCCCAGUUUGUGGUGCGACCCCGUGACCAGAUUGUGGCCCAAGGACGAACAGCUACCUUUCCUUGCGAGACCAGGGGCAAACCUCAGCCCACUGUCUUCUGGCAACGAGAGGGUAGCCAGGAUCUUCUGUUUCCCAACCAGCCAACACAGGAAGCUAGCCGUGUUUCUGUGUCUGUGAAUGGAGAGUUGACCAUUUCAUCUGUGCAACGCUCUGAUGCAGGGUAUUAUGUCUGCCAGGCGCUCACUGUAGCAGGCAGCAUCAUGGCCAAGGCCCAGCUUGAGGUAGCAGACGCCCUGAAGGACCGCCCUCCACCCAUUAUCCGACAAGGCCCAUCCAAUCAAACGCAGGCAUUGGGAGGUGUGUCCCUACUCAGGUGCCAGGCAUCAGGGGACCCAGAGCCCACGGUCACCUGGCGAAAGAAUGGGGCCAGUCUGCUUGGAAAGGAUCCGCGAUUUUCCCUGCUGGAGCAUGGCAGCCUUCAGAUCCAGAGUACCAGGCUGUCUGAUUCGGGGUUGUACACCUGUGUUGCCACCAGCUCCAGUGGAGAAACAUCAUGGAGUGCCUACUUGGAUGUCAGAGACUCCACCGACUUCUUAGACUUCAUGUCUCACAACGCAACAGCCCUCCCAGGACCGCCCUCCAAGCCAGAGGUCACUGAUGUUACCAAGAGCAGUAUCUCGUUGUCAUGGGAACCGGGGCCAGAGGCGGGCUCCCCAGUGUCCUCCUAUGUCAUUGAGGCCUUUGGUCAGUCAGUGAGUAACAGCUGGCAGACAGUGGCAGACCAUGCAAAGACCACCGAGUACACAGUCAAGGACUUGCGACCCAAUACUGUCUACCUGUUCAUCAUCAGGGCAAUCAAUGCUCAAGGGCUCGGGGACCCUAGCCUCAUGUCUGAGCCUGUCCGGACUCAAGACAUUAGUCCCACAGCACAGGGAGUGGACCACCGCCGCGUGCAGAAGGAGUUGGGAGAUGUGGUGGUCAGCAUGCAUAACCCUGUGGUCCUUAGCUCUACUUCAGUGCAGGUCACAUGGACUGUGGAGAAUCCAUCCCAGUUUAUUCAAGGCUACCGUGUGCUGUACCGGCAGACGUCAGGGCUGCCAUCCCCAGGGCCAUGGCAGAUACAGGACUUGAAGGUUGCCUCAGAGAGGGACAUAACUCUCUCUGGUCUGAAGAAAGGCAUCGUCUAUGAGAUUAAAGUGCGGCCAUAUUUCAAUGAGUUCCAGGGUGCAGACAGUGAAUCCAUGACAGCACUCACCAUGGAAGAAGCACCUGGUGCGCCUCCACAGCAAGUGACAGUGUUGACAGUAGGGAGCGAUAACAGCACGUCCAUCAGUGUGUCAUGGGACCCUCCUCCCGCCGAGCAACAGAACGGCAUCAUCCAGGAGUACAAGAUCUGGUGUCUGGCCAACGAAACCCGCUUUCAUGUCAACAAGACUGUGGACGCAACCAUCCGUUCCGUGGUAGUUGGGGGGCUGCAGACUGGAGUGCAGUACCAUGUGGAGGUGGCUGCAGGCACCAGCGCAGGGGUGGGGGUCAAGAGCAAACCCCAGCUCAUCAUUUUGGAACUCAGGGACGUAAUGACGGGAUCAGAGGGCAACAAUAGCAUCUCAGACGUGGUGAAGCAGCCGGCCUUCAUCGCCGGUUUGGGAGGGGCCUGCUGGAUUGUCCUCAUGGGCUUCAGCGCCUGGCUGUACUGGAGGAGAAAAAAGAGGAAGGGACUCAGCAACUAUGCAGUUACAUUCCAAAGGGACAGAGGCCUGAUCAGAAAUGGAAGCCGUCCAGGGCUGUUGAAAGCGGGUGACCCAGGCCUCCCCUGGUUGGCUGACUCCUGGCCCUCAACGAGCCUCCCAGCUAACGGGGGCUUAGGGAGUCCGAAGGGUGGCAGCAACUUUGGCCGAGGAGAUGUUUUACCGUCCGCAGCAGUGGAGAAGACGGGCACCAUGCUGUCUGAUGGUGCCAUCUACAGCAGUAUUGACUUCAUGGGGAAAGCGGGCUACAGCAGCCCAGCGCGAGGCAGUCAGCCCACCCCCUAUGCCACCACUCAGAUACUGCAGUCCAACAGCUUCCACGAGCUGGCUGUGGACAGGCCAGAUCCCCGCUGGAAGGCUUCUCUCCAAGCCCAGCAGGAAAUGGCAAACCUGGGCUACUCGCUGACUGACAGACGCCCUGGCAGUGGUGCAAAGGUUGGAAAGAAAAAGAAGGUGAAGGGUGGAACAAAGGCCUCUAGAUCAAAUGGGACGUGCUGGGCUAACAUGCCUCUGCCUCCACCACCCAUGCACCCUCUCCCUGGUACCGAGGUUGACCUUGACCGUUACCCCCAGGAAAACCACGGAGGAGGGUAUGACAGCAACAGUUGGGCCCCACCCAUGUCAGUCCAGACCUACCGACACCAGAAUUUGGACAACGAGGUAGAGGAGGAGAGAGGGCCCACUCCUCCCCUGAGAGGACGAUCCUCCUCGCCGGCAGCAGCUUCCUUCAGCCAGCCCUCAUCUUCCUCCCUCAGCUCUGCCCACCAUGACGAAAUGCAAUCUAUUUUGCAGGCCCACUUGGAUGAACUAACCAGAGCUUACCAAUACGAGGUGGCCAAGCAGGCAUGGCACAUGAAGGGCAGUCCAAAUGUGUCCAGCACUCCCAUCCCUCCUAUGGACUUCAUGUCCAGCACACUGGGCUCUGAUUUGGGAGCAACUCUCCUUUCUGAAGAAGACGAGGAUGUGGAGGAGGAGGAAAGCUACGCUGCGGUGUCAAAGAAUUUGUGUGGCUUUGAAUACACUCCUGGUCACAGUGUGGAUAACCUUGAGGGCUCAGGUAAAAGCUCGCAGCAGUGUCGCUCAGACAGCUCUGGCUCGGCAGAGCACGGUGCACAGGGCACACAUAGCCUCGGCCACAAGAGGGCAACGCUGAGUGGCCUCAAACCACAGACGGGCAAGGUCGGGACUCUGCCCAGACGGAGAGACACCAACACAGACGCCCACACACCGGCCAUGAAGUCCCUGCACAGCGUGGGUUCCCGCAUCAACAGCUCGUGGGCAGCUGCGGCCUCAGACCCCUCUGAGGAGUGCAUGGUGACCGUGUCGACGCUGGAGCGCCAGCAUAUGGCUUCCUGGAGCGGCACAACAACAUCCAACAGGGCCACCCUGAGUAGGGGUUCCCACAAGAGACCUGGCACAGAUCCCUCCCACAAUGGGCAUCCUUCCACAAACAACACAGAGAAAGGGGAACACUAGUCUUUGUGAAGCAUCAUUCCCCGCAGUUGCUGCCUGUCCCUGGACACCUUGUUUGUAAGCGCUAUGAGAUUUUCUCGCCGCGAGUGACACAGAAUGAUGUUUGGGAGACGGAGAGGAGAAAGAAUGAAGACAAAGGAAGUGAGAGAUAAAAAUGCAGAGCUGUAAAUGUCAUGUACAGACAC